CAAAUUAAGUAUACGUGUUAUGUAAUUAUUCUUCGAGAUUAUUUUCAAGGUCACGUAACACUAUUUAAGUGGUACAGGAAAUGAUGAAUGCUCUGUUAGUAUUGUAGCCGUCAGCGUUCGCAUGUGUUCACUUCGAAUCGAAGUAACAUUUAAACUGUGUGAAAAAAUAAGAUAAAGCGCGUAAACAGAUGAAUUUAGUGCAGAAACAAAAAAUUGAUUAAAAAAUAGGUGACUGAUCGCAAUGUCUGAAGCGAUAACAGAUUUUUAUUAUAUUUUUUCUGCUCACUCGAGUUGCCCUCAUUUUCAUUAAAAUUCUACACCAGUGAAUAUCACUGACAUUUACUUACUGGAAUUACCGAUCGAAGAGAAGAACUUGAAAAUGGCAAACAUUUUGUUUGUCAUUCAAAUUUUAUCCCUAAUUCUUAUUACCUUAAAAUUCUAUUCUUGGAUUAAGGCAAUAAAUAAACGGAAGUUAUCGCGUUUCGACUCAAAUGACACCAAACUAGAUCUUUAUUUCUUACUAAAACACUGGUGGGCAGAAUUUUGUGUUACCGUGUCACAAAGGAGACAUGGAAAGGAUUUGCAUACUUAUAAAAAAGAUGUCCAAAAAUGUUUCAAAAACAAAGAUGAAGAAGUUAGCAACAAUAGUGUACUCUUUUAUGGUACAGAUCAGAAGGGCAAUUGCUUAUUUAUCAAGUUCUCUCAUAGAAAGUUUCAAUUGGCAGAAGUAUCACUGCAGCUUAAUACAUCCGAUGGUCAACUAUAUGUUUUGCCAAAUUAUCCUGACACUACGUUAAUAAACGGUUUAAAUCAAGAGUGGACUGCAGGUGGACUCAAGAUCGAAUUUUUAGAAUUUCAGAAACGUUGGAGAAUAGUUUAUAAUGGCAUGCUUCGAAAUUUAGCUCGCGGCGGUGAAUGUAGCAGCGAUAACAUCGAACACGUUCGCUUGAAUUUCUUAUUUAUUGCAAAUAUCUAUCCGUUAAGAUGGCCGGAGGAUUGGAGUUCUAAGUUGCAUGCUGAUGCAUUAGCUCGCGAACCAUGGAACCUCGAAUGGACAAAUAAAAUAAAAUUAUUCGCUAAUAGAGGAUUCGAUCAAAUGGGGUCUAUGAUAGGACAAGUAACGUAUAAAGGUGCAUCUGUGUCCACGAUGUAUUUGCGUGGACUUCAUCAACAUCGUUGGGGAAAAGACGAAUUUCAUGAAUCGGCUACGUUAUUUGUUGUAAUGCCACUCGGGGACAUAUAUUACCUUGGCGUAGGCACUACAAAACAGAGUUUUCCACGAAUACACUUUGGCCAGUUCAGACACAGUAACGACGAAGAAUAUCAGAUAGAUACGAUGGAUUUCAGGCUAUCCGAUUUUACGCGAGAUAAUUUUAAUAGCAGCUCUACAUACAAACUAGGAUUCGAAGCCAGGGGCACAGAGUACAAUAUCGUUGUAAGUGGCAGUGAUCCAAUAACUUUUUAUCAUGGCCAACCAUGGAACUGGCAAAAUAAAAUUGCCACUGUAAAGUUGGAAGUAAACGGAAAAUCGGGUACUGGAUUGAUACAAUUAUGGUCUCCUUAUAGCGGACCAUGUGAUACGAAAGUACCUAAACAGCUAGAGCUUUUGAAACAACCGAAUACAUCCGUACAAAAGAGUGAUUACGUUAUAUAUUUUAACGAUGAGAAAUGUCGAAACGAAAAUAUUGUUGGCGGAAAAGGAUUUUCACUUGCAGUAUUGACCUCGAUCGAGGACGCACAAUUCGUUGUACCGAAAGGAUUUUGCGUGACAAUUUUUGCAUUAGAAUUGCAAUUGCAUGCUCACAAAGAACUACAAAAAAUAAUUAGGGACAUCGAAGAUGUCAGCGUCGGUAUAAAGGAUGGUGAUCUUCAAAGAUAUUGCAACGAAGCAAUGGACAUUAUUCAGUCAACUCCUUUGAUCGAGAAGGUACGAAAUGCAAUUUUGAAAGCGAUCGAAAAUUUAGAGUCAGAAGACGAUGAUAAAUCACCUAGAUAUGCAAUAAGAUCCAGUGCAGUAGGCGAAGAUAGCGAAGAAACCUCGGCAGCUGGACAAAAUUCAACGUAUUUGGGUGUUCGAGGUACAGAGAACAUUAUCAAAUGUAUAGCUAUGUGCUGGGCGAGUUUGUUUUCAUACCAAAGCGUUAACUACAGGAAACAGCACGGUAUGUUUAUAAAAACAUCAAUGGGAGUCUGCGUUCAAAAAAUGAUCAAUCCUGAUACAGCCGGUGUAAUGUUCACCAGACAUCCGACUACCGGCGACCCCUCAAAUAUCAUUAUUACGGCUAAUUAUGGGCUCGGAGAGACAGUUGUGUCAGCAUCGGUUGAACCAGACACGAUAGUCGUUCAUAAAAGUUGGGACAAUAAAUUAACCGUGCAAAGUUCGACAGUCGGGAAUAAAAAUGAGAAAAUGUUAGCAAGCGACGAUGGAGUAGUUUCAGUUAAAUUGAAUAAUCAGGAAAGCAAAACAAUUUGUUUAUCGGACAGCGUUGCUUUGCGAUUAGCUGCUAUAGGAAUAAAUUUAGAAACUCUGUUCGGCAGUGCUAGGGACAUAGAAUGGGCAGUGAUCGAUGAACAAAUUUAUUUGCUUCAAGCACGACCUAUUACCACAUUAUACACGUGGACAGAAUUUGAAUUGAUACACGAAUUAGAUUCAGGUGUGCCUAGCGACGUCGAUAUUAACGUAUUUGGCAAUGUUGGCGAAGUAUUUCCAAAUCCAAUUUCACCCUUAUCAAUAUCUGUUCUACCAAGUGUAUUCAAUGAAGUGUUCAAUCGCGGAAUUCAAACUAAGAAUCAAAUUUGCUUUAAUAUGUUUGGAAUGAGAGCCACCAUAAAUUACUACGCCACGUUCCUCCAAAAGCCUGUUGAAAAAAUAACGUUACUGAAUAAGGUCAUAGAUAUUGCUGUUAACGGAAAAGUCGUGUUAACGCCGGAACUUCAUAAAAUUGUGUGCGAAAAGAACGGUUUAGCAGCGCCUGGUUUUCAAAUUCGUGCAAUUUUUAAAAUGGCAAGGGAAGCGAUACAAAACAGCGCGAUAGAAAGAAUGGCGAAGGUUACGUGUAAAAAAUUCAAUUUGAAAGCAGAGGAUUUCAAUACUGCGUAUAGUUUGUACAACGAAAUCGUUCAACAAUUGGAAGAUACCUACAAACCAAUAGUAGAUUACCAUACGCACGCAUCGAGAGUCAGUAUCACUUAUCAAAUCAUGGCAAUGGCACUAUUAACAAGUGGUUAUACGGACAUUGUGCCAGAGCAUUUUUCGGAUAUCGCUCUUUUGUUCGGCUCUAGUAACGACAUUGUUGGUACCAAAAUAUUAACGAGCCUUAAAAAAUUCAUAACUCGUAUAAAGGAAAAUAAAAAGGACGAAGAAUUUCGAAAAGUAGAACCUACAAACGGCAUUGACUGGUUGAAAAUUAAUUGCCCAUCUGCUGCAGAAGAAUUAGACAAUUUUCUUAAAGAGCAUGGACAUAGGUGUAUUCAAGAAAUGGACUUCAUAUCAGAACCGUGGUCUCUUAGGCCCGAGAAUCUCAUUGCCACGCUUCAGACCAUGAUAGUUACUCCCGAAGCGAACACUUCGACUAAAACGUUCAGUGUGGAUGAAACAGUGGCAUUAUUGAAAACACCAAAAUCACCGGUUUCUAAAUGGCUCUUGAGAAAAAUUACACCUUUCUGCAGAAAAGCUGUUGCGCGUAGAGAAAUAACUAAAUCGAUUUUUGUAAAUAUCAUACAUACACUGCGACUCGCUUAUAAAAGACUAGGAAAAUUAAUGGUUUUAGAAGAAUAUCUACCCUCGGAAGAUCUAAUAUUCUUCUUAACGAACGAAGAAAUAGAACAAAUUCUAAGCCAUCGUAAUGCAACAUUAGUACAGAAAGCUUAUCGUAGGAAAAGGGUAUUUCCAAAAUUAAAAGAAUACAUAUAUCCAGAAUUUAACACUGGCAUGGUGUUGCCGAUCAAGGAAAACUUGGAUGUGCCGAUAAGCGAUGGUAAUGUAAAGAUUGAAGGAACAUCGGUGUACAGUGGUUCCAUUCUUGGUAGGGCAUGUGUGAUAACAGACGUAUCAGAGGCGAAAACAAUACAACACGGUGAUAUUUUAAUUACUUAUUCCACUGACAUUGCUUGGAGUCCAUAUUUUUCUUUGCUGAGCGGAAUAGUUACGGAACUAGGAGGACUUAUUAGCCACGGGGCUGUAAUAGCCAGAGAAUAUGGGCUUCCGUGUAUCAUUGGUGCUAAAAUGGCUACACGUCUUUUCCAAACAGGCGAUACCGUAUUACUACAGGCAGACAUUGGUACAUUACAACUGGUAAAGAAACACGAAUAAGAAAACUACAACAUUUAUUUCGAUUCGCACAAAAUGAAUUUAUAUAACGAUGAUAAGUCAUGAUAAUGUUUAUUCACGCUGAUAGAUUAUGAUAAUAAUAAAUGAUGCAAGGACUGGAAUAUAAUAUAAAAACGUAAUGAUAGUAAAUGUAGUGAUUUACUUACUUAGACCAUUUAUGUUACUAUUACAACUAUACAGUGGUAACACGAUUAGGAUCAGCAAUUAAUGUAGGAGUAUUAUUUUUUGUAUCACUGGCAAGACAUGACAGUUGUAAAUGCAUGGACGUUGCCACUUUCGAUAAUAACAUGUCGACCCGCAUGCGAUCUUCUUUAUUGACAGGUUGAGGUAUCGCGUCUAAAGCUUCCUCGAAGAAAUUCCUAAAAAAAAAGAAAAAAAAAAGUAGGAAG